AGGAGCGGGAGGACCGGGAGGACCAGCAGGAGGAGGAAGAUGCAACUGAGCCGCUGCUGCUUCGUGUUCCUGGUGCAGGGGACCAUCUACCUGGUCAUCUGCGGCCCCGAAGACCCCACCCGUGAGGCGGAUCGGGGAGGCCCCGAACAGGGCGACUCCGAGAGCCGGGCCCGCCCCUCCCGGGUGCAGAGGAAACGGGGUCACCUCCCGGGCCGGGCCCGCCCGGCGCCCAACGCCACCCUCCUGGAGCCGCUGGCCGCCUCGCCCGAGCUGUGGGGAGCCCCGGGGGACCCCCACGCCCGGGCCCCCCGCGGCGCCCCGGCCCCGCCGGCCCGGCUCAGGAGGACCUUGGGCUGGGGCGACUUCUACUCCAACAUCAAGACGGUCACGUUGAACCUGCUGGUCACCGGGAAGGUGGUGGACCACGGCAACGGGACCUUCAGCGUGCUCUUCCGGCACAACUCCUCGGGCCAGGGCAACGUGUCCGUCAGCCUGGUGCCCCCCGGCAAGGCCCUCGAGUUCCACCAGGAGCGGCAGAUCUUCAUCGAGGCCAAGGCCUCCAAGAUCUUCAACUGCCGGGUGGAGUCGGAGCGGGUGGCCCGGGGCCGGCAGACGCUGCUCUGCACCCACGACCCGGCCAAGACCUGCUCCCGGGAGCACACCCAGAGCUUCGUCACCUGGACCUGCUCCAAGCCCUUCCGGGUCAUCUGCGUCUACGUGGCCUUCUACAGCACGGACUACCGACUGGUGCAGAAGGCCUGCCCCGACUACCACUACCAGGGCCACGGGCCCUAUCACCCCUCCGGCUGACCGACCCGGGACAGACCCCCGCCUCCCCCGGCC